CACACCCCAAUGACAGUGCUUAUAUUUUCCCACAACACCCGUUGUUGUGUGUAUGUGUGUGUGUGUGUGUAAGGGCAGUGGCUGAGUAAAAAGAGCUGUGUCACUUUAUGGCCAAGCCGGCGCGUUGGAUACACGCGGUGAAGUUAUAAACUUUCACUGAAAUGCAGCAGUUAGAAUGGGGUAAAUAAAACACCACACAGUUGAUGCGCUUCAUAAAAUAUUCUAGCGAGCACUGGAGUGUGGAGUCGGUGGAGAUGUGUCAAUUCGAUUAGUUUAUAUUUUGUGUUUAUUUUUGGGGGGAGGGGGUGUUGCAGUACAUCACAUCUACUCUCUGGGGAGGAGUACUUCUGCUGUUUAAUGGUAUGCUCUUGGCAUUGGGGCAGUCCAGUGUUUCACAUCGAUUAUGAAGAUUAUAUAUUCCUGAGAAGCCAUUGGCAGCCCAUGUCCCCCUGAGGGAUCACUUGCAAGUGCAAUCUGUGAUUUUCUUCCUCCCCCAUCUCGAUGAUACUUUAAAGAUUAGAAAACACCUCACCUUACCAGUCUGAGCCUCGGCAGUUCCUGUGGCAAGUGGUCAUCGCUGUCUCUUCCUUGCACGAUUUUUAAAAUCCCCCCUCCCACCUUUUCUCACGUGAUUUUUUUUUUCCGAGAUUCCUAAUCUUAACCUGCUGCCGCUUCAAGGCGUCGUGAGGUUGCUCGCCCGGCGCCGGAGAUGGAGGGUUAUCUGUCGCUGCUGCUUUUCCUAGCCCGGUUGCCGGGCGCUGCCGAGCAGCGUGCCGGUGUGAAGGAGCUGCCCGCGGCUUGGCACUCCAGCGGCGCUGCACCGGAGAAGGCGCGAGGCGAGACCCUGCGUGCAGUUGAAAUCAAUAACUGUUUGAAGAAUGCACCGGAGGUGGGAUGUGCUGUUUUUGAAUGUUUGGAAAACAGCACUUGUGACCUGGAUAAUCUGUACAAGAUCUGCAGCCUCCUUCUCCAGAAUGCAGGAAGCUUUAACACAAAGGGAAAGCAAUUUAUCAAAGAUUUCCUGAAAUGCAAUGCAGUUGGAAUUAAAUCCAGAUUCAGCUGUAGUAUUCGAAGAUGUCCUGCAAUACAGGAGAUUCUUUCUGAAUUGCAGGAGGCUUGUUACCAGAAAAAUGAUAUCUGUGCUGUAGCAAAUGAUAACGUCGAUGCUUUUGCAGAAAUGAUUGAUCUACACAAUAUGUUAUCAAAUAGGGCAUACUUGGAAUUUGUAAAGGUGCUAUUUGACUGUGAUACUAAUAUUGCUGAUACCAUAAGAAGAAGUAUACAAACUCGAUUUGGUCCAAAGCUUGGUAUUUUAAGGAGAAUGAUUCAAGAUGAUUCCUGCAGAAUAUCUGAGAAAGCAACAUUACUCGGUAAACAUCGAACACCAGAAUCUACUGUGAAGCCUGAGAGGGUCAGUAGAAGAGGGAGAAGCCUUGGAUUAGACAACCUUACAUCUAGAGGUGAAUACUGGAACCAGAAAACUGAUAAACCUGUGCACAGAUUUCCGUAAUUAUUCAUAGAUUUCUACAUUUGUUGGUAAAUGUACAGUUUGGUGCUACUAGUGGCUUGAUUGACAAAAUACUGGUAUAUUACAGCACCUUUUAGUCAUCUUAUUCCCCAAAUCUGACAUUGAUCAUUGCUGGAAAAGCUCAGCAAGUCUGGCAGCA